AUGGUGCGCAAACUCAAGCACCACGAGCAAAAGCUCCUCAAAAAGGUCGACUUCAACACAUACAAGUCGGACAAUGACCACCGCGAGGCUGCCGUUAUGCGCCGCUACGCCAUCCAAGGCCGCGACGACUACCGGAAGUACAACCAGCUCUGCGGCUCAUUGCGACAGCUCGCCCAUAAGCUCGCCAACCUCGAUCCCGCAGACCCCUUCCGCCGCAAGCACGAGGACCUGAUGCUCGAGAAGAUGUUCGACAUGGGCAUCUUGGGCACAGGCGGUGGGGGUCGUGGAAAGCUGAGCGACAUAGAGCACAAGCUGACCGUGUCGGCCUUUGCGCGCCGAAGAUUGCCCGUCAUCAUGACAAGGCUGCGCAUGGCGGAUAAUGUGCAGGCUGCUGUCAAGUUGAUUGAGCAGGGCCACGUGAGAGUAGGCACGGAUGUGAUAACAGAUCCAGCCUAUCUGGUCACUCGGAAUAGGGAAGAUUUUGUGACGUGGGUGGAUUCCUCCAAGAUCAAGCGCAACAUUAUGAAGUACCGCGACAAGCUCGACGACUUUGAGCUCGAGGCGCUAUGA